AGUCGUCCACAGUGCCAGUACCAGUAGUAGUGAAGACCGUCUUGUUCUGGUGCUGGUGGUGCGACACUCUAAGUCGGUGAUAGCCGAGUGUGUCUCCAACUCCACAGCUAGAGAAGCGAUCCUCAUUAGUACACUACUUGUCACAGUCACGCUUACGCUUUUUAUUUACAAAAACCCCAUCAAAAGAUAUGAUGUCUGGAGUAGCGUACGCGCGGACCGUGGAACGGCUGCGCAAGAUUCAUCACCGGGCGCAGCGGCUGCGGUAUCCUGAGUAAAAACGUACCCACACCAGAGUCAGGAUGGUGAUUUUGCAACACAAACCUAGGAGUUUUGUGAGUCACGCAUGACAAGUUGCACUCCGCAGUGUAGUGCAGGUUAGCAAGUGCAGCCGCAUCACAGAUUCAUCUGCUCAUCCUGUUCACAGCAUCACAAAUUCCAAAACCCGAUUGGAAAUGGCUCUCAUGGGGAUGCGCAUUACAAAUCUUCCUGUCUUUGCAAAUCUGCAUUACAACUCUGGUGUGGGGACGUUUUUACUCAGGAUAUGCGGACAGUGAUUGCUAGCCUGGAAGGGGCCGGGAGAAACACCGAAGCAGCGGGCGCGGCUGGUGGCACGGAGCAAGAGAAGCGUCGGUCGCGCGCCGUCCUGCCCGCCGGCUUACGCGCUGCGGACGUUCAGGCGUACCGUGUGCGUGUCGGAAUGAGCUAGCGACGAUGCGGGGUAGUCUUUUGGGGCUCUCGGGGAAAACGAAAAUUCCUGUUCACAUGGGCGAAGCAGCCUACGCAACGUACUCAAGUAGUCCGGAGACCACUGAAAUAGAGACGAAGCGGCUGGGUCGACUUACGGGCUGUGUGCGGUGUUUGUUUCGCCUUGUGGAUGUAUAGAGAUUGCUAGUUGAUGUGCUGCACCGGACGCUCGCUUUAUCAACUAGAUGUACGGAAAAAUUGUCGCAGUGACUUGCUUAUCUUCUGCUAGGCAACCUUUUUUGGAUAGCGAACACUAUUCCUGCUGCUAGUGUUGAGACAUAGCCGCAUGCACCGGGUCGAUGCUUCUGAGCAAGACAUAAAUUGCGCCUUGAUUGUGCUAUAUUUCUACUCUUUGAGUCUGUUCAGCGAGUAGAUUUCUAGCUGUGCAGCAUGGAAAAACCCUCUGCCUUAGCCAGUGCAGCAAUGGAAAUCGCCUACAAAAUACGUCGGAAGAACCUUGCGGUUUUAUAAUAUGCGUGAGACGGUCAACGUCAAUUCGGUGGGAUCCACUGUUUGGUCAAACUUUGACAUGUGGUAGACUGUAUGAUCCUCUUCUUUCUGGUGAAUUUAUUCGGUUACGAAAGCGCCUGACUGCAAAAACAAAAGCACUUCUUUACGUCAUUUAUUGAAGUCGCGCGACGGGAAGGAGAACGGCGAGCUGGCGCCCAUGAAUCUCAACCAAUGGUCACAAUCAAGUGGCACAUGCAUGAAAAUAUCGAGGUACAGAAUUCCCGUCGCUUUGGUCGGAUCUAUAAAAUCAACCUUGAUAUUAAACCAAGAUAUCGAUUUUUUGCACUGAACAGUAGGCGCGGACCUCACGCUUGUAGCCGCUUCGUCCACAAAAGAGCGAGAUGAUUGAAAGACGAAGGCCGCGGACUCCGUGAAAAGACAUAAGCACGAAUGUUAAGACCAAAGAAUCGAAAUACGUACAAGCAAAAUCAAAUUCAUUGUGGCUCUAUCGCUCAGAGCUGCUCAACAAAGGUAUGCACUAGGCGCCGCCUGUCUAGCGUAUACUUUGCUUC